GCCACGAGCUGCUGAGGACGGCGCAGUUCGGCUGGGUCCUGGUCGACGAGGCCACCCAGGCCACGGAGCCCGCGGCGCUGACGGCGGUCUGCUGCCCGGGCGCCCGCUCCAGCGGUCGCCUCUGCCUGCUGGGCGACCCCCUGCAGCUUCCGCCGACGGUGCUCUCCCCGGCGGCGCAGGAGUUUGGGCUUGGCGCGUCGCUGUUCGAGAGGCUCGCGGACCAGGGUACCCGGAGGCUGCUGCUGGACGUCCAAUUCCGCAUGCACCCGUCGCUGUCCGAGUUCCCGGCCUCGCGCUUCUACGGAGGGCUGCUGCGCGACGCGCCCUCGGCAGACGCCGAGGCCACGUGGCCGCCCGUGCUCGGCCUCGCGUGGCCCGCGCGUGCCGGCGGCGGCGCCGCGCGCGCGGCCUUCGUGGCGGUGGCGCCGGGGUGCGGGGAGAAGGCGCGCGGCCACUCCUUCGAGAACGCCGCCGAGGCCGAGGCGCUGGUGGAGGCGCUGCGCGCCGUUGUCGCCGCCGAGGCCGCGGCCGGCCGCCCGCCCCUCUCCGUGGCCGCCGUGUCGCCGUACGCGGCGCAGCGGGCGCUGCUGCGGCGGUUGCUCGCCGCGCGGCCGCCCGCCGCGGGGAGCGGCUGCGCGCCAGAGGUGAGCGUGACCACCGUCGACGCGCUGCAGGGCGCGGAGCGGGACCUGGUGCUGUUCUCGGCCACGCGCUCCAACCGCCAGGGCAGAGUCGGAUUCCUCGGCGACCCGCGCCGCGCCAACGUGGCGCUCACCCGUGCCCGGCGGGGCCUGGUGGUGUUCGGCGACCCGGCCACCCUGGCGGGCGACGAGGCGCGCGGGCCCAGCGGCGAGACUGCUGCGGCCUGCGAGCCCAUCGUGGACAGCGGCGAGCUCGAGACACUCGAGCGGCCGACCUCUGGCGACCUGGACCCGGGGGACGUUCGGGCAGGACAAGCUGCCGCGGAGCACCCCACGAUGUCGCUGCCGAACGCGGCACGGCAACGCGUCGCUGGGCACCCGGCAAGGCCGAAGGCGCUGCUGGAUGCGGGCGUGCGCGCCACGUCGCAGGAGCACAUCGAAUCAAAGGUCCGCGUGAUGCAGCAGGCGCUGGCAGAGCGAGGUGUGGUUAGCACUAUCGACGCAACCUCGGGGGUGAAGUCGGAGUUGCUGGGCUGCGAGCUGGACGGGCGCGCUGGCAGGUGGCGGAUCCGCCCGCGGCGGUUUGGGCGGCCGGUGGGGGCGCUGGACUUUCUGCUGGCGGCGAGGCGGCCUGAGGGGGUGAAGGUCACAGGCCUGGGGCUGGAGCGGUUACUGGGACACGUUGUGGCGGCUUGCAUGCCGCGGCGGGAGUCGCCGGCGUCAAGGGCUAAGCGACAGCCGUUCUGGCCCAUUGCGUUGACGGAGCUGCGUUUGGUGCGGUCGCUGUUGCCAUGCAUCGUGGGCUACGUGCGCCGGCGGCGGUUGCCCGCCGUCACCGCCUGCGACGAGCCCCCGUGGGGUUGCGGCGUCGUCGAGGCGGCGUGGGGGGCUGCAGACGCGUUGGCGCAUGGGAGGCUGUCGGAGCGCAGCCGCUUCCGAGGGCCGCUCCCGGCUGCUGGAGCGCCGCGGGGCCGCGCGUUGGAGGCAGAGGUGGCCCAGGCGCCAGGCGCCGCGCUUGUGUUCGCCAGCCGCGCCUCGGAGUUCCCUGAGGCGGGCCCCGCUGACUUGGCGGGCUCGGAGCGGCGCGUGGCAGGGCGCGGCCGCUGGCGGCGCCGCGAGGCCAUCCGCUGCGUGGAGGCUGCAGCAGUCUGCUGGGCGGUGCGCCGUGUGGCGAAGGAUGCGCGGCGCCGCGGUCUGCGCCACCUUGCGCUCGGGGUUAACAUGUCAGUUGCGUUAGCGCUUGCGAAAGACAUCAGAGUGCACAGUCGUUGGAUCUUGUCAGAGUGGAACCCCGGCGACGAGGCCUCACGUCGGCAUCAUCCGCUGGGGCUCACUGAGAAGUUCGAGCGGCGAGGGGCCCCCGCGCGCGGCGCGGCGGUGCGCGCCGAGACGGGCGCCGACGGGGCAGACGCCUGCGCCGCCCGCCAUCUGGAGUUCAGGCUCAGGCCAGGCCGCCGCGAGGUCUUCGCGCUCCCUCCCGGCCAGGCGGUCAGCCACUAUACCCCCCGCCGCGCCGCUGCCGGGGCGCCGACGCCGGGGCGCGCGCGGCCGCGCAGCCAGCGCGGGCCGCGCGCCGAUCGCGUCGACCUGGAGCCGCGGGCGCUGGUGGAGGCCGAGCGGCAGCAGCUCUGCCCCAGGCUAACACGCUUGGCGGCGGAGAAGGUGCGGGUGAACACCCAGAGCGUGUACCCGGGGGUCUUGCAGGCCCUCCUGGCCCGGCUGCGCCCGGGCCCCCUCCCCGCCUGGGCUCGCGAGGAGUGGGGCGCGACAGCGGUCGAGUUCGUGGGGUGGCUCUUCGACCAGGGCGGCGCUGCUGCGAUGGCCAAACGGUUGGGCUCGGCGCUCGCGUGGGGCGAUCCGGAGCUCAGCGCGGAGCUGUCGCGGCCGCCCUUGCCGUGGCUGGUGGCAUCUGCUGCGGCGCUCUGGCCGCUCGAGCAGGAGCUGGAGGUCGCGGCGCUGGGCGUGAUGAUCAUGUUCGAGACGCGCAUGCGCCCUUCGGAGCUGCUGGCAACCGACGCCCACCAUGUCGCGCUACCGCUGGAGGGAGACGCCCCGCUGGACUUGCUGAGGCAGCGCUGGCUUGCCCGCUGCGUGGUGGCGCUGGCGCGGCGCCGCGGCCCCGGGAAGCGCUUGCUCGAGCUCGAGUACGUGGCCUUCCAGAAGGGCUUCAGGACAGCCUUGAACGCUGUUGGAGCCUCGGAGUUGCGGGCCGCGCUCUACUGCCUCCGCCAUGGAGGCGCCAGCCACGACUACAGCAUGGCCGCCAGAACCUUGGACGCCCAACAGAGGGGCGGGUGGCGCGCCUUCAAGAGCGUCACCCGAUGCGAGAAGCACGGGGGGAUCGGCCUAGAGUUGCAGGACUUCGGCGGGGCGGGGCGGACGCGGGCCGACGGCCGCACUGAGCCCCUGCCCUCUGCGGGCCGGCCUGACGGUGCGGCGCCGCGGCUGCGCGCGGCCGCGGACGGCCCGACGGCCCACCCGCUCAUAGAGAUUGUGACAGCCAUGGCACCCAAGGCGAUCGCGGGGGAGAAGAAGAGGAGCACCAAGAAGGCAACCAAGCAGCCCGUUCGCCUCUACGCGAAGGGUGUAAUCUUGGGCUACAAGAGGAGCAAAUCCAAUGUGUACCCGAACACCACGCUUGUGAAGAUCGACGGGGUCCGCACGAGGGACGACACCACCUACUACUGCGGCAAGCGCAUCGCUUACGUCUACAAGGCGAAGAAGGAGGUCAAGAACUCGAAGUACCGCGUGAUGUGGGGCAAGAUCCGCCGCCCCCACGGCAACUCCGGCGUGUGCCGCGCCAAGUUCAAGAAGGCCGCCGCCGCGCAGCUGGCGGCGAAGUUCGGCGAGCUGCUGGAGUCCUGGGGCGGCGGCGGCGGCGCGGACUCGUGGGGCGGCGACUGGGGCGGCGGCGGCGCCUGGGGCGGCGGCGGCGGCUCAGGCAGCGCCAGCGGUGGCGGCAAGGACGGCGGCAAGUCGUGGAGCCAGGGCAGCACCGCCGCCAGCGGGAGCAGCUGGCGACCGCCCGCCAAGGGCGCCUUCAAAGGCGGCCCCAAAGGCGAGUUCAAGGGCGGCCCCAAGGGCGAGUUCAAGGGCGGAUCGAAGGGAGCGCCGAGGGCAACCACGGCGAGCACGGUGUGCGUGCAGGGCCCCGGCGUCGGCCUCGCGGAGCGCGAGGCGGCCGCGGCCGUCGGCAGGUGGCCAUCAGCGGCGGCUUCAGCGUCCACGAGACGAUGA